AUGACUGUCAGCAAUGGCCAGCACGGCUUUGAUAUCGAGGCUGUUCGCAAGCAAUUCCCUGGACUUGGCUCAGGCGCCGUCUGUCUAAACAAUGGCUCCGGUGCUCUUGUGUACAGGGGCGCCAUUGAGAGUAUCGUUCGCACGAUGUCUGCGCCCCAUAUGAAUCUCCGCGGGUUGGACUCGAAAAGCAUGGUCGACGUCAAAGAGCGUACUGCGCAAUACGCAAAGCUUGCUUCAUUUAUGAAUGCCGACCCUGAUGAGAUCGGUAAGCAAUCCUCACAUUGGAAAGAAUACACAUUCUCCGUCAUGGCCGGUCUGACUCCCAUCCCGCUAGCCUUUGGACCCUCUACGACGGGUCUUUUGCGGAAUCUGGCCACAUCACUUCUCCCAAAUCUUAAUGCAGACUCGGAGAUUAUCGUAUCUGUGCUCUGCCACGAGGCUGGAGCGACCGCGUGGGUUGCCUUGGCCAAAGCUCUGGGCAUCUCCAUCAAGUGGUGGGUCCCAGCCGGGGGGAUGGGGAACAACGCAGAUCCCAAGCUGAGCCUCGACACCCUUCGCCCUCUUCUUUCACCGAAAACCCGUCUUGUAUGCUGUGGGCAUGUGUCGAACAUCACUGGAACCAUUGAGAACGUUAAAGAGGUGGCAGACCUCGUCCACACAAUUCCCAGCGCGUUGAUAUUAGUAGACGGGGUGGCGUGGGCUCCUCAUCGCCCUAUCGACGUGAAACAACUCGGCGUUGACUUUUACGUGUUUAGCUGGUACAAGGUGUUUGGUCCUCAUAUUGCGCAGAUCUACGCGCGACGCGACGUUCAGAAACGGUACCUCACGAGCCUCAACCACUACUUCUUUGACGCUACAUCUUUACACGUGCGCCUGGGACUGGGCAACAGCUGCAUUGAGCUCGAACACGCUGUCACCCCGAUCAUCAAUUACCUCACUGACGACAUUGGUUGGGAUGCUCUCAUUGCCCACGAGGAAGUUAUUACAGCAGAGAUUAUAGGGUACCUAACAGCGCAUCCGGAUCUGUACACCUUGUAUGGAUCUCAGUUGGCAGACCCGAAAGCUCGGGUAUCAUUGAUCAGCUUUACGGUGAAUGGGAUCGCGUCUGACAAAGUGGCCGAAAGGAUUCACGAAACCUCAAAUUUUCGACUCAUCACUGGUGACUGUUGGUCACCUCGGACUGUUCAUGAUGUUUUGGGGCUGCCGGAGUACGGCAUCAUCCGGACAAGUUUGGUCCAUUAUAACACGGUGGAUGAGAUGAAGGCGUUCAUACAAAAGUUGGAUCAGGUAGUGCGUGACCUGAAGCAGUAA